AGUCGUAGGAUCAAAAUAUACUUGUAUAUAUUCCAAAUAAGAGAUCCCACAGUCCUGGUUUUGAUCCCUGAGUCAUGCCGAAGCGUAAAGAUAUAAACUUUGUUAUUGAUGACGGAGAAGAUUCAGUUGCCAUUAUAGAUGAUGAUGAGGCUAAUGAAGAUCUUAGCUUGAAGAUAUUAGAGAAAGCGUUAUCAAGGCGUGAUGUUGGGAACAAGCUUGAUUCUGAUCUCUCUGAUUCUGGUGUAGUUAGCACUGUGAUGGUUAAUGGAGGAAAGUCUAAGGUUAAAAAAUCUGAGAGUAAUAAGAAGAUGAAGAGACAUAAGCUUGAAGCUACCCACGAAAUUCCUAUUGUUUGGAAAGACCAAGAUGAAGAGAAAGUGGUGGAGGAGGUAGUAAGAGGUGAAGGAGAGGAUGAUGAGGUUGAGAGAUCUGAUGAACCGAAAACUGAAGAAACAUGUAGCAUUUUGGUUCUGGAUAAGCUUCUUCGUGGAGCAAGAUACUUUGACCCUCUUGAUGCUGGUUGGGUGACUUGUUAUAGCUGUGGUGAGCAAGGUCAUAUAACUGUCAAUUGUCCAACUCCUACCAAGCGUAGGAAGCCUUGCUUUAUAUGUGGGAGUUUGGAGCAUGGUGCAAAGCAGUGUUCUAAGGGACAUGAUUGUUAUAUAUGCAAUAAAGGUGGACAUCGAGCUAAAGAUUGUCCGGAUAAGCACAAUAGUGGGUCUAAAGGAGCUGUAUGUUUAAGAUGUGGAGACUUGGGACAUGACAUGAUUUUGUGCAAGUAUGAGUACUCUAAGGAAGAUUUAAAGGAUAUACAAUGCUAUGUUUGUAAAAGCUUUGGCCAUCUAUGCUGUGUCGAACCCGAUAAUUCACCGUCAUGGGCUGUAUCUUGCUACAGAUGUGGUCAACUAGGUCAUACUGGACUGGCAUGUGGUAGACACUAUGAUGAAAGCAACGAAAAUGAUUUUUUCAGUCCAUCAUUCUCUAAGUUUGGGGGAGAAGGGCAUUUUAAGCGUGACCGCCCCAAUUCUUCCAGCCUACGCUUUCCAGAAAACAGUAGGGAAGAAAAGAAUUUCUCAUCGAGCAUAAACACUUCGCAGGGCAGAGACUCACCGAGUGUAUGCUACAAAAGUAAAGGAGCAGGACAUUUUGCUCGUGAAUGGCCCAAAUCCAAUUCCUCCCAGGAUAAAUUGGAUAUGUAUCUAACAAGAAACUCCCACUUAAUGCAGUGCAUCGACCAAUUACUAAGUGAAUGAUUUAACUGACCAUCACUUAAUGUUUUUCACUCGUGAGUCGUCUUUUUUUUUUUUUGCAGAUUUGAUUUACGACUAAAUAUAUGGGUUCGAUGCUA